AUGGAUACAUUGAACUAUUAUCCAUCCGACACCACCAUCGGUGGCCUUCAAUUUUGUAAUUACACAUCUGAAGAGAUUCGUCGUUUAAGUGUCAAAGAACUAACUUCAUCCCAAGCUAUCGAUCGACUGGGUGCGCCAGUCUCAGGCGGUCCAUAUGAUCUAGCGCUAGGUCCGUUCGAUAAGAACGAUCGUUGCUUUACUUGUGGACAAGGCUUCGUUGCAUGUCCAGGUCAUUUGGGACACAUCCAACUGGUCCUGCCUGUCUACAAUCCUGUCUUCUUUCGAAAUCUUGUGAAUGUUCUACGUGGUUGUUGCCUUCAUUGUCAUACAAUUCAAUGCUCAAAUGCCGAGAAAUAUCUAUUUUGUAUGCAAAUGCUCUACCUAAAACAUGGCCAAGCUAGUGAAAUAGACAGUUUACAUUCGAUUUAUAAACUUUGGAUCUUAGAAAAGAAAUCUCUCGAUACAUUCUAUGAACAGAUCAAUGAACAUAUGAAAUUAAAUCCUCCAUCGUCGACAAAAGUAGAAGCCACGACGAAAAAUCUAUUAGCAAUUCGACAACAGCUGAUCAAAGAUUUCGAAUCAAAAGCAUUCAAAACGAAAAAAAAGUUCUGUCCGAAUUGUAACACACCAAGUCGAUCCUUACGAGCUGAUUCACAUACAAAAUUAUUCUAUUCGCAAGGCGUUUCAAACAAACAAAUCAAAGCGUAUCAACAGCGCAUGUCGAAUGUCAGACAAUCGAAGAAGCUCGAUGAAAACGAAGAAAAUGUGGAUGAUAAUGAAGAAGAACAGGUUACGAAAAUGAUGUCCAGUCAAAUGUAUCUGACACCACUGGAUGUUCUAAAACAUUUGGAAAAAAUUUGGGCGAAUGAGAAAGAAGUUUUAUCGAUGUAUCUUGCAACUUUACGCUCAUCGCAUCAAUCGAUACCCAAUACGCAUAAUAAUCCAAUAAGUUUAUUCUUUUUCGAAGUUCUACCUGUUCUUCCAUCGAAAUUUCGUCCCGUUCUUUCGUUCAAUGAUCAAAAAUUUGAAAAUCCGAAAACAGUUCGAUACUCAACGAUCAUUCAAGACAAUCAGUUAAUCAAAGAACUUCUCCUAUUGAAAGAUAAACAAACAUCCGAUGCGCCAGCAUCGAAUAAUAAUCGUUCGUCGUUAAUCAAUACAUUACGUGGGUCAACUAAUGAAGAAAAAUUGAAUAAUCUUUGGUUAAAAAUGCAAAUUACCAUUAAUUCGAUCUUUGAUAGUUCGUUGGAUAAUCGAAGUGCUGGACGAGUGGCGAAAGGCAUUCGUCAAGUGAUCGAGAAGAAGGAAGGUCUAUUUCGUAUGCAUAUGAUGGGUAAACGUGUGAAUUAUGCGGGUCGAUCGGUUGUUUCACCUGAUCCGUUCAUUGCUACAUACGAAAUAGGAAUUCCGGAAGUAUUUGCGAAGAAAUUGACGUAUCCAGAAUUGGUCACACCACAUAAUGUUCAUGAACUACGACAAUUGAUUCUAAACGGACCUGACGUUCAUCCAGGCGCCAACUUUGUCGAACUCGAAGAUGGAACGAUUCGUCGUCUGUUGCCAAACAAUUUAUCUCAACGAACAGCUGUAGCGAAACUUUUAUUAACUCGGGAGAAGCAACACGGACAAACGACAUUGAUGUCCACAAAAAAAGUCUACCGACAUCUUCGAAAUGGCGAUUACGUUCUUGCAAAUCGACAACCGACAUUACAUCGACCUAGUAUUCAAGCUCACAUGGCACGUGUAUUACCUGGUGAGAAAACAUUACGUCUACACUAUGCUCAAUGCAAGUCUUAUAAUGCGGAUUUUGAUGGUGAUGAAAUGAACGUUCAUUUACCUCAGAAUGAAUUAACACGAGCUGAAGCAGCUGAAUUGAUGAUCACAUAUCAACAUUUUCUUGUGAGUAAAGAUGGCACACCAUUAACUGGUCUUAUUCAAGAUCAUGUCGUAGCCGGAACAGCAUUGACGAUGCGCGAUCGUUUUUUUGAAAAAGGUGACUAUCAACAACUUGUAUAUAAUGCGAUCGGAUCGAACUCUCGACGGAAAAUUCGUUUAUUACCGCCAACUAUUCUCAAACCGAAACAGCUAUGGACUGGAAAACAAAUUAUCUCAACUAUUCUGCUCUACAUCCAACCAGAAAAAGAAUCACCGUUGAAUCUUGACAGCAAAUCAAAGCUUUCUAUGAAAUCAUGGCCAUCGAAACCCAAUGCAACAAAUAUUGAUUUAAUGGCCGAUACCGACGUUAUUAUCCGUCAGGGACAACUUCUCUCAGGUUUAAUUGAUAAAGCUCAUUGUGGUGCGACAUUAGCAUCAGUUGUUCAUUGUUACUACGAACUGUACGGUAAACGUUGUGCUGCUGAUCUAGUCAGUGCGUUUUCCAAAUUAUUCACACUUUUUCUUCAAUAUUAUCGAGGAUUUACUCUUGGCAUUGAAGAUGUUCUUCUGCUUCCACCUGGUGUCGCGUAUCGACGUCGCGUUAUUAACGAUUGUCGAGCCCAAGCAGGUCGUAAUGCCUUGCAGAAAACGUUUACCUUACCGGAAAAUUCUGACGAAGAAGUACUGAUGAAUGAAUAUGCCAAAGCUUUCUGUUCAAAAACAUUCGAUGAACGUACUUCGAAAGAAAUGGAUAUGAAUUAUAAAACAUCGAUCGAUGAAUUUCAAAAUCAAAUCAUAAAACAAUGCAUGUCGAAUUUAUUCAAACAAUUUCCUGAUAAUAAUUUACAAUUCUUAAUUCAAUCUGGCGCCAAAGGUUCGUCUGUCAACGCUAUGCAAAUGUCGUGUUUGCUUGGUCAACAAGAAUUAGAAGGAAAACGACCACCGAUGAUGCCGAGUGGUCGCACACUUCCAUCAUUUCGUCCAUAUGAAUAUUCACCUCGAUCCGGUGGUUUCGUCGACGGUAGUUUCUUGAGUGGUAUUCGUCCACAAGAAUAUUUCUUUCACUGUAUGGCUGGCCGUGAAGGUUUGAUUGAUACUGCGGUGAAAACUGCUCGUACUGGUUAUCUACAACGUUGUUUAAUGAAACAUUUGGAAGGUUUAGUUGUUAAUUAUGACUUAACUGUUCGUGAUAGUGAUGGUAGUGUUGUUCAAUUUCAAUACGGUGAAGAUGGUCUAGCUGUGGAUAAAUGUACGUAUUUGAAAGAAGCAUAUUAUCCAUUUCUGGUUGCGAAUCAAUCAUCAGUGUUACGUGAAAACGAAUAUUCACGUAUUGUUGACAUGUGCGGUUCGACGAAAGAACGGCCGAUUAUAAAAAAUUUGAAGAAAAUCCGUGCUUGGCGAAAGAAAACACGCGAAUUAGCUGAUGAUGAAAACAGUUUCAAUGAUGCGAUAAGAUUAAAGAUAAGCGAUGAAACGAAAAUCCGUAUGACGCCAUUUAUCAACUAUUCACGAUUCUUCGACUUACACACAUUGACAAAUUCGUUGAAAAGUAAAGAUAUCAAUGAAGCACGGUCGAUUAUGGUACAAACAUGGAGAGAUUUAUCGAAUGAUAAACGCGAACAGUACAAUCACGGCGUGGUAAAAUUCUACUCACCAGUCACGCAAAAUUACCUUCCAGCAUCAAAUCUGGGUGCCAUUACUGAGCGGUUAGACGAUCUAAUUCGAAAUUAUAUGAGUGCACAUGGUAAAUUGGAUGAAACGAAAAUGAAAAAGAAAGCAUUUGAGAAAAUGAUGCACUUUAAAUCACUAAAAUCAUGCAUUGAUCCAGGUGAAAGUGUUGGAAUUUUGGCGGCACAAUCGAUAGGAGAACCCAGUACGCAAAUGACAUUGAACACAUUUCACUUCGCUGGUCGUGGUGAUAUGAACGUCACUUUGGGUGUUCCUCGUCUUCGAGAAUUACUCAUGGUUGCAUCGAUAAAUGUUAAAACUCCAACCAUGGAAGUACCUAUUCUUCAAAGUUCAUCAGCAUUACGUAAAGCGAAACGUUUGCAACGUCGUUGGUCACGUUUAUUAUUUUCUCAGGUGUUAACCGAUUUAAGUAUUCAAGAAAAAUUGACAUUAAAAUUGAACGAUCACAAACGUACUUAUACAAUUCAAUUUCAAUUCGAUGAAAAAUACAGUCGAAAACAAUUAGCAGAAAUCAUGCGCUCCUUCGAAACGUAUUUCAUUCCACGUUUAUGUCGCGCUAUCAAUAAGAAACGAAAAGAACUAACCACGAGUGGACUAUUAAGAUCGGCACAUAUUCGUGAUAAGGUGACGAUCAAUGAUGGAAACGAAAAAGAGGAUGGUCAAGAAACAGCAGAAAAGGAAAACGAUGAUGACGACGAUGACGAUGAUGAUGAACAAGGCAAUGGAGAAGCAAAUGUCGCCAAGGAAAAAGCGAAGAGAAACGACGAGCAGGAAUAUGAUGACGACGAAGAAGGAAAAGACAAUGAAAGUGGUGACGAUGAAGAACGUAUGCAAGAUGAUAAUGAACAAGUCGAAGGAUCGAAAAUUACAAUCAAAGAAGAUCUUAUCGAUGAUGACGAUGCUGCUGACGAUGGACAAGCAUUGGAUACGAUCAAAGAAGAAAUGAAAAAUGAAGAUGAGCAAGAAGUACCGGGUAAUCAUGACGAUGAUAAUGACGAUGGUGAACCUCCGAGCAAAAAAGCGAGAAAACUUCAUGAUAAAAGUGCUUCUCUUGAAAAUUCGACUUACAAUGAACGAUUUGGUAAUGUUUGCAAACAUGCGGAGUAUAUUCAUGAAUACACAGCUGAUCUUGAUCAUAAUUUAUGGUGUCGGUUGACGAUGAUCUUCUCUGCAACUCAACCUCGUAUCGAUCUCGAAUCUAUUAUUCGUUACGAAGCAUCGCGAACAACAAUCACAUCGAUAGUUGGUAUUCAGAAUUGUUUUAUCAACGAAAACAAAGAAAAUCGUGGCAAAACGAAAGAUAAUUCAGCUUCACCGGAAUACAUCCUAUCUACCGAAGGUGAGAAUAUCAAUGCACUAAUGACGUAUUACCAAGUCUUCGAUCUGCGUCGUAUCUAUACGAAUAACAUCCAUCGUAUGGCGCAAAUCUUUGGCAUUGAAGCAGCAAAUCGAACAUUGAUUCGAGAAAUCAAUCGCGUGUUCGGUGCUUAUGGUAUCGAAGUUGACUAUCGUCAUUUGUCGUUAUUAGCUGAUUAUAUGACAUAUGAAGGUGUUUAUAAGCCAUGUAAUCGUCUCGGUUUGAGAACAAAUGCUAGUCCGUUACAGAAGAUCACGUUUGAAACAUCAACAACUUAUUUACGAGAAGCUUUGUUACACGGUGAACAUGAAGAGAUGAAAUCGCCAUCGUCUCGUUUAGUUACAGGACGUAUGGUUCGGUGUGGUACAGGUGCUUUUGAUAUUCUUACAAAAUUAUCUUCAUAA